GAAACUUUCUAAACCAGACAAAGAUCAAGAAACACUAGCCAACUUAUUCUUUAUCUGAAAACUUCUUACACAAGUAACAAACAAACAAACAUGAGAGACCUAGCUUUGUGUCUGUUUCUUUUCUUUUUAGCAAAACAUGUCAGUUCUGUUCCGACAAAAGCACAGUUUCAAAGCUGCUUGUCAACAAUCUCCAAAACACCUACAAAUCUCACUGACCACACAGAUUCCACACUCUACAGCCCCUCUUUGGCGCUUUCAUCUCCAAGCUCAAGCUUCCUCAACUUAAACUUCACAAGCCUGAAGCCGAUCCUCACCCUCAAACCAAAAACAGAAUCAGAAAUCAAAAGUGCCAUUCUAUGCAGCAAGAAACUUGGAGUGCAAGUAAGAACCCUAAGUGGUGGUCACGACUACGAAGGCCUCUCUUACCUCUCACUAUCACCAUUCAUAAUCAUCAACCUAGUCAACCUCCGCUCCAUCAACAUCAACCUCACGGAAGAAACAGCAUGGAUCCAAUCCGGGGCCACACUCGGCGAACUCUACUACAAAAUCGCCAAAACAAGCAACGUCCACGCCUUCGCCGCAGGGAUAUGUCCAAGCGUUGGAGUUGGUGGACACAUCAGCGGCGGUGGACUAGGCACAUUAAUGAGAAAACACGGUUUAGCGUCUGACAACGUUGUGGACGCGCGUUUGAUGGACGUAAACGGGAGAAUCCUCAACAGGAGAACGAUGGGAGAAGAUGUGUUUUGGGCGUUAAGAGGAGGUGGAGCAGCGAGUUUCGGUGUUGUGUUAUCAUGGAAAGUUAAACUCGCUAGGGUUCCUGAGAAGGUAACUUGUUUCAUAAGUCAACAUCCAAUGGGAGCAAGCAUGAACAAGCUAGUUCAUAGGUGGCAGUACAUAGGACCAGAGCUAGACAAAGAUCUCUUCAUCAGAGCCAUUAUCGAUAACAAUGUGGAAGGAGGUCAAAGAGGAGUUAAAACUACUUUUCAAGCUUUGUUUCUUGGUGGAAUCGAUAGAUUGAUUCCUCUAAUGAACCAACAGUUUCCUGAACUCGGACUACGAGCUCAAGACUGUUCUGAAAUGAGCUGGAUCGAGUCGACAAUGUUCUUUAACUGGAAGUCAGGACAGCCUUUAGAGGUCAUGCUCAACAGAGACCUAAGAUACGAGGAUCUUUACUACAAAGCAAAGUCAGACUUCGUUCAAAAGCCAGUUCCUGAACACGUUUUCGAAGAAGUAACCAAAAGGUUUCUCGAGAAAGAAACUCCACUGAUGAUCCUUGAGCCAUGGGGUGGGAAGAUGAGCGAGAUAUCAGAAACUGAGUCUCCAUUUCCACACAGGAGAGGGAACCUUUACAACGUACAGUAUAUGGUGAAGUGGAGAGUCAAUGAAGUUGAGGAGAUGAACAAGCAUGUUACGUGGAUGAGAAUGCUUUACGAUUACAUGACACCGUAUGUAUCGUCGUCGCCAAGAGGAGCUUAUUUGAAUUACAGAGAUCUUGAUUUGGGAAACAACACAAGGACCAACACUAGCUUUGAAGAUGCAAGGGAAUGGGGUGAGAAGUAUUACAGAGGUAACUUCAAGAGGUUGGGUUUAGCUAAAGGGAAGAUUGAUCCAACAAACUUCUUCAGGAAUGAACAAAGUAUUCCUCCUCUGUUUUGAUUUCUCAAAGACAAAACAAAUAUUGUUUAAAUGUAUUUUUUUUUCUAGUAUAUAUGUACCAAAAUAAACAGUUGAUUCAAAGGUUGUAUUGACAAUUAAACUCGCUUAUAUAGUUGUGAAUGUAAUCAAUAUUCAUGGACAACGGUUUCACCGUCCACAAAAUAUAAUCUUUGGC